AUGGACGUGGACGUGGACGUAGAGGACAUGGACGUGGACAUGGACGUGGACGUAGACGUGGACGUGGACGUGGACAUGGACAUGGAAGUGGACGUGGACGUGGACGUGGACAUGGACGUGGAGAUGGAUGUGGACGUGGACGUGGACGUGGACGUGGUUGUGGACGUGGACGUGGACAUAGAUGUGGACGUGGAGGACUUGGACGUGGACAUGGACGUGGACAUGGACAUGGACGUGGACGUGGACGUGGACGUGGAGGUGGUCGUGGACGUGGAUGUGGACGUGGACGUGGUCGUGGACGUCGACAUGGACAUGGACGUUGACGUGGACGUGGACAAGGACGACUUGGACGUGGACGUGGACGUGGACGUGGACGUGGACAUGGACGUGGACGUGGACGUGGACGUGGACGUGGACGUGGACAUGGACAUGGACGUGGAAAUGGACGUGGACGUGGCAUGGACGUGGACGUGGAUAUCGACGUGGACGUGGACAUGCACGUGGACAUGGACGUGGACGUGGACGUGGACGUGA